CGGGGAGGUUCAUUCUGGAAAACACGCACGAAAAAGCGCUCCUGGACGGGGAAGACGACCUGUGCUCGUGCCUCCCUCCCCCGAGAUCUACCAAAACCCGCGCCCCGCCAAUCCCGUUCCUCCUCCUCACCGUCCGGCGAGCACCGAGCGCACCAGAUCGCCCGCUACGACCUGUAGCUGGCGGCGCACCGCGGAACCGCGCGCCAGUCAAGGGUGGUGGUCCCAGGCGCUCGAGCCGGGGCGCGGGCGACGCGGAGACGAUGCCGGUGGCGGCGUCGGCCAUCUACUUCCUCAACCUCCGCGGCGACGUCCUCAUCAACCGCCUAUACCGCGACGAUGUCGGGGGAAAUAUGGUUGAUGCAUUCAGGAUGCACAUUAUGCAAACAAAAGAGCUUGGUACAUGCCCUGUUCGACAAAUAGGAGGCUGUUCCUUCCUUUACAUGAGGAUCAGUAAUGUUUACAUUGUGAUCGUGGUUAGCAGCAAUGCUAAUGUUUCUUGUGCUUUCAAGUUUGUUGUGGAGGCAGUGGCCCUCUUCAAGUCCUACUUUGGUGGAACUUUUGAUGAAGAUGCUAUCAGGAAUAACUUUGUGUUAAUAUAUGAACUUCUUGAUGAGAUUAUGGACUUCGGUUAUCCUCAGAAUCUCUCCCCUGAAAUUUUGAAGUUAUAUAUAACGCAGGAAGGCGUGCGGUCGCCAUUUUCUUCCAAGCCUUCGGAUAAGCCUGUUCCAAAUGCGACCCUGCAAGUUACCGGCGCUGUUGGUUGGAGAAGAGAGGGUCUGGUGUACAAGAAGAAUGAGGUUUUCUUGGACAUUGUUGAGAGCGUAAACCUUCUUAUGUCUUCUAAAGGGAGUGUUCUACGAUGUGACGUGACAGGGAAGAUUCUUAUGAAGUGCUUCCUUUCUGGAAUGCCUGAUCUGAAGUUGGGACUAAAUGACAAAAUUGGACUUGAAAAGGAAGCCCAACUGAAGUCCAGGCCUUCAAAGAGUGGGAAGACCAUAGAACUCGAUGAUGUCACGUUCCACCAGUGCGUCAACCUAACAAGAUUUAACUCAGAAAAAACAGUCAGCUUUGUGCCACCAGAUGGUGAAUUCGAAUUGAUGAAAUAUCGAAUCACGGAGGGUGUAAAUCUUCCAUUCCGGGUUCUGCCCACAAUUAAGGAGUUGGGCCGAACACGCAUGGAGAUUAAUGUGAAAGUUAAGAGUGUUUUUGGUGCUAAGAUGUUUGCACUUGGUGUUGUGGUUAAAGUUCCAGUUCCAAAGCAGACAGCGAAGACGAGUUUCCAAACAACAUCUGGCAAAGCCAAAUAUAAUGCUUCGAUUGAUUCCCUGGUGUGGAAGAUCAGGAAAUUUCCUGGACAGACCGAGGCAACGAUGAGUGCAGAAGUUGAACUGAUCUCUACAAUGGGUGAAAAGAAGUUAGCGAACAGGCCACCGAUUCAGAUGGAAUUCCAGGUUCCGAUGUUCACUGCUUCUGGUUUACGUGUUCGGUUCCUCAAGGUGUGGGAGAAGAGCGGCUACAACACCGUUGAGUGGGUUCGCUACAUCUCAAGGGCUGGAUCAUAUGAAAUCAGGUGUUAGUGACCAAGAAAAAUGGCGUGGGCUCAUUAUUUCGUGGAUUUGCGGAGCUCUUUUUGUACUCAUCAUGAUUGAUCAGAAGGCACGUAAAUUAUGACCCAGUUCUCUGCAAGUUUGUACUUCAGCAGAGGGCAGAUCAGAGCAGGCAGUUUUCCUAUGUUCCUUAUUUUCAUGUUGACAUGGGAUAUGUAUUCUCCCCCCGUGUCCUGUUUGUCAUAGGGCAUAUUUUUAUUGUAUAUUUGGCAGUAGCAUUCGUUCUCGUUGAUCAGUACACCCCCUUGCCAGUUCCUGUUGUUUUCUCCUUGAAUGGGUGUCAAAUCGCUUGCAAAACGGUGUAUAAAUAUAUGAUGAUAAUGUUGUUGGCUUGCUGUGCCUGUGUUUGAUGUAAAGUGGCUAUGCCAUUCCAUCGAA